CAGCCCGCGGCUCUCACAGGUCGACGCGCCCGCCCGUCGGCUCGCAGCCCCGCCCUCUCGGGGAGGGACUUAAAGGGCCGGCUCCUCGCCGGGAUGCGCUGCUCGGGCGCCCGGAGCCCCGCGCUCGCUCGGCCGCCCGACCCCGCGCCAGCCACCAUGUAAACGGCGCGGCCUGGAGACGGUGGUCUCUUCCCCGCCCCGGGCUCCCGGGGCGCUCCAUGAGGACGCACCAUGCUGACCGGAGUGACCCAGGGUUUCUUCUGCUGCCUCCUGGGUACAUCCCCCAACGCCGUGGGGCCCCUGGACAGCGUCGAGUCCAGCGACGGCUACACCUUCGUGGAGGUCAAGCCGGGCCGCGUGCUGCGUGUAAAACAUGCGGGCCCCACGCCCGCGCCCCCGCCGCCGCCGCCCCCUGCGCGGGAGGAUGAGGCCCACGGUGACCGGGCCGGCUUGGUCCACUGCCAGCGGCGGAUCACCGUGUACCGCAGCGGGCGCCUGCUGGUGGAGAACCUGGGCCGGGCCCCGCGCGCUGACCUGCUGCAUGGCCAGAGCGGCUCCGGAGAGCCCCCGGCCGCCGUGGAGGUGGAGCUGGCCGAGGCGAGCGGAGCAGGAGGAGGCGAGGGCGGCCGUGCGGCCCCGGGCAGCGGCGGGCGGCGGCGGCGGGCGCGGCGGCCCAAACGGACCAUUCACAUAGACUGCGAGAAGCACAUCACGAGCUGCAAGGGCGCUCAGGCCGACGUGGUACUGUUCUUCAUCCAUGGCGUCGGCGGCUCCCUGGCCAUCUGGAAGGAACAGCUGGACUUCUUCGUGCACCUCGGCUACGAGGUGGUGGCCCCCGACCUGGCGGGCCACGGGGCCAGCUCCGCGCCCCACGUGGCCGCCGCCUACACCUUCUACGCGCUGGCCGAGGACAUGAGGGCCAUCUUUAAACGCUACGCCAAGAAGCGCAACAUCCUCAUUGGGCACUCUUACGGCGUCUCCUUCUGCACUUUCCUGGCUCACGAGUACCCUGACCUGGUGCACAAAGUGGUUAUGAUCAACGGCGGCGGCCCCACGGCGCUGGAGCCCAGCAUCUGCUCCAUCUUCAACAUGCCCACGUGCGUCCUGCACUGCCUGUCGCCCUGCCUGGCCUGGAGCUUCCUCAAGGCCGGCUUCGCGCGCCAAGGGGCCAAAGAGAAACAACUGCUGAAGGAAGGGAACGCCUUCAACGUCUCCUCCUUCGUGCUGCGCGCCAUGAUGAGCGGCCAGUACUGGCCCGAGGGCGACGAGGUCUACCACGCCGAGCUCACCGUGCCCGUGCUGCUGGUGCACGGCAUGCAUGACAAAUUCGUGCCGGUGGAAGAGGACCAGCGCAUGGCGGAGAUCCUGCUGUUGGCUUUUCUCAAGCUCAUUGAUGAAGGGAGCCAUAUGGUGAUGCUAGAGUGUCCCGAGACCGUCAACACACUCCUGCAUGAGUUUCUGCUCUGGGAGCCCGAGGCCACACCCAGGGCCCUGCCCCAGCCUCUGCCCAUGACCCCAGAGGAUCAGAAGAAGUAGCCGCUGGGCCAGACCAGCGCACCGUCCACUUGAUGAGCACAGCGGCCGUGGCAGAGGAGGCCAGCCGCGGCGAUGCAGCCAGCAGGCACCAGGGCUGCAGGUGUGUGCCCGCCAGCCGGGGCCGGCCCAGGCUCCCGGGACAGAGCCAGGCCAGGGAGAUAGCCCCCCUCCAGGCUGGCCAGGCGGGGCCUGGGAGCAGCCAGGACCCCUGUGGAGGAAGACCUUGUACAAAAGACCCCCCUGUGCCACGCGGCCGUGGCAGGGCCCUCACACCCCACUCUGGCUUC